UAACCACAUUUAUAUAUUAUCAAUUUUUUAUCAAUUUCUUUGAAUACAUUUUUAAUUUGACGUGUAUUUUCUCGAUGUUUACGAAAUGACGAGAUAUGCAAGGAAUAUUAUUAUUAUUAUUUAUAAUCAUAAUUACAAGCAAUGGAUCAGAAAAUUUUCAUCAUCAAAUUCAUCGGAGAGAAUUGGAAAAUAUUUUUCCAUUGGCAAAAAAUCGAAAUAUUUCACAAAUGUCAGACACUCAAAAUGAUACAAAAUUAGAAGAAAAUUUAAUUCAAGGUGUAAUGAAAAAAUAUCCAAUUUCCAAUGUGAAAUUUUUGAAGAAAAGAUUUAUAAAGAAAAAAAAUCGCAAACAACAAGAAAAAAAGACAAAAAUAAAAGAAAGGAAAAAGGAAAAUUUGAAAAAACAUUCUAAAAAGAGAAAAGGAAAUAAGAAAAAUGUUAAAAAGGGAAUUUUUUUUUCCAAAAACAAAAAUAAACGAAUUAAUGAAUCAACGAAAGGGAAAUUUAAAAGAUUAACUCAGCCAUUUAAUGCAGUUAUCGAUUAUUUAAAAAAUAAUCACUAUUCAAAAAUAUCUGAAAAUUUCAAUAAGAACAAAAAUUAUUAUCAUCAAAAGGGGAAAAAAAGACAAAGAUUCAAAAAUCAGAGAAAAAGAAGUACAAAGAAUUUGAGAAGAAAAAAAAGUAUUUCCUCUCAACGUGCCUGUGAAGUUGAAUGUCAAGAUAGAAAUUUUAAUUCAGAGACAUGUAAUUGUCAUAAUGAAAAACCAAUCGAUUUUGAGAAUCAAUUGAAAAUUUUAAAUAAAGGUGGCGAAAAAGUGGAAACUAAUAAUGAAAAAUCGGGAUUUUUAAAUGGAAUUCAACAAUUUUUAAAAUCCAAAGAAACAACAUUAAAUUCUUAUCAAUGUACAAAUUUAACAACAAUCACCGAUAAAUCAUUUAUUUCAAUUAACAAUAAUAAUAUUGUUACAAAAAAUAAUAUUAAUAAAAACAUUGAAAUUACUCAUGAAAAUAAUUUUCAAACAACCAGUGAAACUAUUUUUGAAAUUACCAGAGAUAUUAAUAAAGUUACAAAUGAAGCUAUUACUGAAGAUAAUGGUAAAAUUUUAUUGGAAACUACAAUUAAUGAAUCCUUCGUUGAAGCUACUGAAAAAAAUUCUAUUGAAUUCCCUACUGAAGAUAUUAAUUAUACCACUGAAGCUAUUACUGAAGCUAUUACUGAAUCUAUUACUGAAGCUAAUACUGAAGCUAAUACUGAAGCUAAUACUGAAGCUAAUACUGAAGCUAAUACUGAAGCUAAUACUGAAGCUAUUAGUGAAGUUACUAGUGAAGCUACUAGUGAAGCUAAUAUUGAAUUCACAACUGAAUCUGAUAGUGAAUCUAAUAUUCCAACUGCUAAUGAAAUUAAUAAAGAAAUUAAAUGUAAAUUAUUUACUGAAGAAAUAUUCCCUCAAACAGAUGAAAAUAUCAAUGAAGCUACUAGUGAUUCUAUUAUCGUAACUAAUAAUUUCCCUCCUUGUGAAUCGACUAUGAAAAUUGAAAAUGAAAUUAAUCAAUUAUCUAGAUUUAAAAAUAAAGAAAAAUUUUUUAAUUGUGAUAAUAAUAUGAAAAAUUUUAAUAUAAAUGAAGAUGAAAAUUCUUUUCGUCAAAUUGAAUCUUCAACUUUAGUGACAACAGAAGAAAAUAAUCCUUGUUUCACUACACCAAUUUUCUAUUUUUCCAAUCAAUUGUGUAAUAAUAAUAAUAACAAUAGGAAAGUAAAGAGAAAUAAAAGAGAAGAUUCUUCAACUGAAGAGUAUGAUUAUGAAAAAUAUAUCGAUGAAAGUUUACUAACAACUGAAAUGUAUCCAGAUUAUGAUGAAGAAGAGGAGAAUGUUUCUGAUAAUGAAGUUUUUCACGAUUAUUUGGAUGGUGAAGAUGAUAAUAAUUCAUCGUCAACCACCGAGAAAAUAACAUUAACUAGUGAAGAAAUUGUAAAAGCUCUUACAACAGCUGAAAGAAAAACUGAAGCUAAAACAACAAUUGAAGGUAAGACUUCAAAAAAUGCUGACCUUACAACUAAAACAAUGACUUCGAUUAAAGCUAAUACGGAAUCAAUUAUAAUUACACCUAAAAUAACAACUGAAACUAAAACUACAAAUAAUGUUAAAACAACAAUUGAAGCUUCAACUCCAAAAACUUCAACAAUUGAAUCUAUAUCAUCUAAUGAAGCUAAUAGUACAACUGAAGUGAGAACUUCAACUGAAAUUGCAAUCACAAUUAAAGCUAAGUCUUCUACUGAAGUUAAAAUUACAACUGAAUCUAUAACUUCAACUGGUACUAAAACCACAAAUGAUGGUAAGGCAUCUAGUGAAGCUAAUGUCAUAAUUGAAGCUGAAACUACGACUGUACCUACAAUUAAACCCGUAUCUUCUACCGAAGCUAAAAGUACAACAGUUAAAUCCACAAGUGAGACUAAAUCCAUAUCUGAGGGUACUGAAGAAACUAAUGAAUCUACUAAGGCAACUACUGAAGUUACUUCCUCUGAAGCUAAAAGUACAACUGUUAAAUCGACAACACAAUCCAUAUCUAAAGAUAUUGAAGAAACUAAUGCAUCUACUGAGACAACUGUUAAAGUUAGUUCCUCUGAAAUAACAACUGCAUCUGAUAUAACCGAAUCUAAUACAAUUGAUUCUGGAAUAACAAUUGAAACUAAAACUACAAGUGCUGCUAAAACAUCAACUGAAGCUAAAACUACAACUGAAGCUAUGGAUUCGAUUGAAACCAAAACCACAAAUGAUGUUAAGACUGAAAUUACCAACGCAAUUGAAUCUAUGUCUUCUACCGAAGCUAAAAGUACAACAGUUAAAUCCACAAGUGAAGCUAAAUCCAUAACUGAAGGUACUGAAAAAACUAAUGAAUCUGCUGAGACAACCACUGAAGUUACUUCCUCGGAAAUAACAACUACAUCAGAAUCUUCUACAACUGAAGCUACUAAUUUAGAAUCAUUAAAAACAGUUACUAUUUCAGAAACGACGUUUGAAGGUAAAGAUAAUACUACCGUAAUAAUGAUAAUAAGUCCCGUACCUACUGAAUUUACUCUACCUGCUAGUGAUACAACUACUGAAGAAAGAACAAUUAUCACAACUCUGAUAACAUCAAAUACUACUUCUUUUUUUGAAACCUCUCCUAUUGUUUCUGAAGAAAACACAAUACAAUCUACUUAUUUGGAUCAAAAUUCGAAAGAAACAACAGAGCAAUCUAAUUUUACUUCUGAAAUGGAGACUACAAUUUCAACAGAAAAAACAUCAGUUACUAGUUAUAAAUCAAUAGAAUCAGAAAUUUUACAAUCAGCAACAACUGAAGAAAUUACAUCAAGUACUGAGCAAAAAACAUCGUUAAUCAUAGAAGAAAAUUUGUCAUCAAAUUUAUUAUCAAGUACUGACGAAAUUAUUAAUACUAAGGAAAUUUCAACUACCGAAGAAAUAUCAAAUACUAAAGAAAUUUUAAGUUCUAAAAAAAUAUCAAAUACUAAAGGAAUAUAUGAAGAAAUCGCGAGUACUGAAAUAAAUACUGUAGGUACUUCGAGUACUGAAAAUAUGUCAAAUAGUAAAGAAACUCCAAUUAUUGAAGAAAUAUCAAGUACCUUGGAGAUUUCAAAUACUGAAGAAACACUAACUACUAAAGAAAUUUUGAGUAGUGAAAAAAUAGUCAAUUCUAAACCUAGUUCCAGUACUGAGGAAAAUGUGAAUUCUAAAGGAACCAUAGGUAGCGAAGAAAUAUCUACUACAGAAACUCAAAUUCUUGGAGAAUUGUCAAGUCCUAAAGAAAUACUCAGCACUGAAGAGUUAUUGAAUACUAAUGAAAUUUCAAUUACUGAAGAAAUAACAACAACUAUAAAAAAAUCAACUACUAAUGAAAUAUUAGGUACUGAAGAAAUAGCAAGUACUCAAGAACACUCAAGUUCGAAACAAACUUCUAAUAUCGAAGAAAUGUCAAGUACCUUAAGUAUUUCAAAUACUGAAGAAAUAUUAACUGUAGCACCUCUGGAAGAAGCAACAAAAUUUGAAAAACCACAAGAAUCAUCAACUUUCAAAUCUGAAGAAUUACUAAAAUCUAGUACUUUUUCAGGCAAUGAAAUCAUUGAAAAUACAUCUUCUGAAAUUUCACUGAGUUCCGAAAUAUCGACAUCAAAUUCUGAAGCUGAAAAUACCAAACAAUUGGAAAUUUCCACAUCAUCAACAUCAAUGAGUCAAACUACAGAAAUCACUUCAACUUCAUUUGAAGAGUCAACAAAAUCUUCCAAUGUUGAAGAAAUCAGUCAAUCUGAAACAACGAUUUCUAAUACAGCUUCAUUAUCUUCAUUAACAUCCGAUAAAACAUCUCAAGAAGAGAGUACGUCUGAAAUUCCAAGAAAAUUAGAAUCAACUUCUUUGGAAGAUGUCACUACAACUGUAAAAGAAAUUAAAGCGACAACUCAUGGAUCCACAGUUGAAGAAAUAACUGAAGGUUCAACUGACAAUGAAACAGAAGAUGUCGAAGAAGUUUUCGACGAAUCUAUUGAUAAAACUACGGAGAAUAAUGAUGAUGAUGAAGAAGAAGAGCUUGAAGAUAAUUUUGAAGGAGGAGGUUCUGGUUCAGGUGAUGAUUUCAGUGAUUAUGAAGAAACUUCUUCAGUGGCAACAACCGAAGCAGGAACGAAAGAAACUGAAACAACAAAAAAAGAAGAAAAAACAACUGCAAAUGAAGUUAUGAAAGAAAAAACAACAGUAGAGGAAGUCACAGGAGGAGUAUCAACGAAGACAACUGAAGAAAGCACUUUAAAUGAAGAUGAAGAGGAAAAUGAGCCAACAGUGAAAAAAACUAGUGAAGAACCAAGUAAAGGAAGUACUAAUGAAGAUGAAGAAGAAAAUGAGUCAAAUGAGAAAGAAACUAAUGAAGAAUCAAGUGAAGAAAGUACUAAUGCAGAUGAAGAAAAUGAGCCAAAUGAGAAAGAAACUAGUAAAGAACCAAAUGAAGAUGAAGAAGAAAAUGAACCAACAGAGAAAGAAACUAGUGAAGAACCAAAUGAAAAUGAAGAAGAAAAUCAACCAACAGAGAAAGAAACUAGUGAAGAACCAAAUGAAGAUGAAGAAGAAAAUCAACCAACAGAGAAAGAAACUAGUGAAGAACCAAAUGAAGAUGAAAAAGAAAAUGAGCCAAUAGAAAAAGAAACCAGUGAAGAAAGUACUAAUGAAGAUGAAGAAGAAAAUCAGCCAACAGAAAAAGAAACUAGUGAAGAACCAAGUGAAGGGAGCGCCAACGAAGAUGAAGAAAGAACUGAAAGUGAUAAAGAAACUACUGAAGAUGAUAUUAAAGAAGAAAUAUCAACAACAGAAACGGAAACAAAAGAAGAAACCACUUCUAAAAAUAGUUCCCAAGAAGAAACAACACAAGAAAUUACAUCUUCAAUUAAACCUAAAUGUUCUCCAAAUUCAAAAAAGAUAGCUGAAGAAAAAGCUAAAACACCAAAAAAUACAGAAGAAGAAAUAACAGAAUGUACAACAAAAGAAGACAAAACAACAACUUCUUCUUCUUCUUCUUCUAAAAAAUGUCCUCCAAAAUCAAAGAAAUUGACAAAAAAGAUUACCACUGAAAAAUCAACAACAAUAGAAGAAUCAUCAUCUUCUGAAUCUGAAUGCUUUCCAGAAUCAAUUUUUUCUUUUGACAUUACUACUUCAAAAACUAUUUUCGAAAAAUCAAACACCACACCUGAAUCAAAAUCAACUUCAAAAUAUUCACCUCUUGUAAAACCUAAAAUUUCUUCAGAAAUGAAAGUAACAUCAAGUGUUAUUGCAACAAAAGUAACUUCUGAUUCAAAACAAAUGUCAACUUCUUCUAAAAUUGGUGAAGAAAGAGUAACUAAAUCGACGUCUGCUCCGAAAAUAGAAUCAUCAUCAUCAUCAUCUGUUACUAAAACUCCUGAGAUUAUAGUUAUCAUUGAAGAAUCAACAGAAAAAAAAUACCAAACACCUUCAACGAUAGAUCAGGAAACUUCAAUUUUAACUGAAUUCACUCCUGAAUUUAGAACCUCAACAUUUGAAGAAGAGUCUACUGAUUUUUCUCAAAAUAUCCAAAAAGAAGAAUUUGAAACUCAAUUGAAGAAAAAUGAAGAAGAAUUAAAUGAUAAAAAUAAAGAGUUAAAUGCUAUGGAAAAUAUAAUAAGGGAUAAUAAAAAGAAAUUAAAAUUGGAGGACGAAGAAGAAAUAGAAAUUGAGGGAAUAAAAAAACUAGAUGAGAUAAGAAGAAAACAAAAAGAAUUAGAAAAGAAACAAUCGGAGCUACAUAAAAGAAUAAAAGAAAUAGAGAACGAAAUGAUGAAGAAAACUGCAAAAGAAGAAAUAAAUCUACAAAUUUUAACAACUAUUUCUUCUAAUUCAGAAUGCAUAAAAGAAGAUUAA